UCUUGCACCUCUCUAGGUCGUGAUCCACCAUCAUAUUACACCAACUCUUCCUCUCUAUAUAUUUUUUUCUCAUGCUAUGAUUUUUUCCCUACUUGUCUUGAAUGUAUAGAUUUGUCAGUGAAGAUCGAAGAUAGUAUCAUGGGGGACUCUGCUUCAUAUAUACACAUGGUGCAGCAUCUGAUAGAGAAGUGCCUGAUCUUCAACAUGACUAAAGAGGAGUGCAUGGAAGCCCUCUCUAAGCACGCAAAGAUCGAACCAGUCAUCACUUCCACCGUAUGGAAAGAAUUGGAGAAAGAGAACAAGGAAUUCUUUGAGUCCUACUCGCAAUCUCAGAGCAAAGAAGAUGACCGAAUGUCUGAAGCAGAGACGAGUGCAAUGAUUCAGAGGAUGAUAUCAGAUUCCUCACAAGAUUCCACAGACAAAUAAUUUACUCACGCAUAUGCAUAUCUAUAUAUAUAUAUAUAUAUGUAUAUACGAAAUGAUCAUAUACCUUUGCGUUUGGGUUGGCAUGCAUUUGGUUACCUGUGUUUGGUUGGGAGAUUAGAAAAGGGAUUUGGAUAGGGAUAGUGAAAGAAAAAAUGUGUGUGAAACUAGAUAUAUUUUAUUGACAUUUCAUUUAUAUUUUCCUUCUCUAUUUUCAAAUCCCUUCCUAAAUUCUCCAACUAAAUACAGCAUUAGUGUCCUUCCCAGCCAACCAAACUCAAUAGGACUCUCAUAUAGAUGCUAACAUAAUACUCUCCCUAUCUAGAUGAAUCUAAGGAUAGGGACUCUGCGGUCCUUACUCUCAGUUGAUUCAGACUCCGAGCUUGCAUUGCGAAUUGACAUGGUGGGCAGUGGUUGGAACACUGUGGAAUUGCAGAGGGAUCAUAUGAGUCUCAGAUCAGACUAAUCACCUGUAUGUAUCAUUUAUCUGUUUGUGUGUCGUUUGAAUAUUUUGGUUGUGUUGCUGUCCUGUUGCGCCUUUGAAGGAUCGCAUGCGAUGUAAGUGUUUUUGUUACUAUUAUUAAAGGAAGCAUGAAAGUGGGGGCUAUGUGUUUGUAGACGUCGUGAUCGUGCACUUUGAUAUUGUCAACAAUGCUAUGGAGUCGGAAAAAGUAGUCCAUCUAGUGGCCAGAAAAUGAAGUGUACUAAAUUUUAAUUUACAUUGUAUAUUUUAUUUUUUGGCUAUUUUUUGAGUUA